CCUGCCACAUCCUGGAGUGCUGCGAGGGGCUGGCGCAGAGCGUGAUCAGCACGGUGGGCCAGGCCUUCGAGCUGCGCUUCAAGCAGUACCUGCACAGCCCCCCCAAGGGCGCUGGCUGCAGAGGAGUCAGCCUGGGGCGAGGAUGAGGAGGGGGCAGCAGAGCACGAUUACUACAACAGCAUCCCGGGGAAGGAGCCGCCUCCAGGGGGCCUGGUGGACUCCCGGCUCCGCCACAUC